AUGUCCAAUGAAGAGCCGCAGGGCACUUUUGGCCAAGAAGAUCACCAGGUAGCCUUCAUCUUUAACCCAGAAGAGAAUGAGGCGCCACGCCGAGAAAGAGAGAGGCCGUCCAAACGGCGGAAAACGGCGCGGCGUGCUGCGAUAGCUGGGGAUGAUGAAGAGGAUGAGGAGAGCUCGGCGUCGUGGUUCGCUCCGCUGCUGGAUGGUGCUGAGAGUGCGGCUUGUGUGAAGCGAAGGGAGAGGCUGCUUGAGGAGAAUUGGGCAAAGGUUGAUGCUCGCAUACAGGAUAUUUUGAGGGACUCGAAUUCUGCGACGUUGGAUGAGGUGUCGCAGUUUGUUAAGGAGGCAAACUCGGAGUGCGGCGACAAGAUACCGUCUGCCUUCAUCAUCACUGGCCCCAACAUUGCCUCCCAGGAUUUGCUGUUCGAGCAGCUAUCAGAUUCCCUUCAGCGGUCAUCGCCCAGCAAGUUCAUCCGGCUCCGGUCUUCAGAGGCGACCAACCUGAAGAAUGCCCUCAAGAAGAUUAUUCAAGACGCCACGUCGAAAACGCUCGUGGUCGACGGCGAGGAAGACUUGCAGCUUGGGCAAGGAUCGAGUCGACGCUACCUGCCGUAUGAUCUUGAGGCGUUGCAUGUAUUCCUGGAGCACCAACCGCAGGAGAAUAUCUUUGUGGCUUUUCAGGAUAGCGAAGCCUUUGACAGCGGCUUGCUGUCGGAUAUCAUUACCCUGCUUAGUUCAUGGCGACCACAGAUUCCAUUUACUCUGCUCUUUGGAAUUGCUACAUCCAUUGAUUUACUGGAGAGCCGCUUGUUAAAGGCAGCGUGUCGGCUAAUACAUGGUGCACAAUUCGACUGUGUACAGACAGAUACCAUCUUGGAGAGGGUAUUUGAAGGAGCGGUAGUAUCCAGCGAUGUCCCUCUAAGACUGGGCCCGCAAAUCCUCAGGGGCAUGCUCGACCGCCAACGAGAUCAGAUGGCGGGCAUUCAGGCAUUCAUAAGCUCGUUGAAGUACAUUUACAUGUGUCACUUCUACGCCAACGCACUCAGCGUCUUACUGACCCCCGAGACUGGAGAGGGGGAGGCGAUCCUCCAGGCUGAGCAUAUCGAAGCACUGCGGCAUCUCCCCUCAUUCCGACAUGAGGUGGAGGCAGCAGUUGGGGCAGCGACCGCUGAUAGUCUUCAACAUGCACGCUCGCUUCUAGAGGACGACGAGUAUCUACUCGCGCAGGCUCGAUCAAGCAAUGACCGUCGACAGGACUGGAUGGACAGUCAUCUACGCUUACUCCUUGUCAGGGAGGCUGCAGGUGCUGUGCAGCCCCCAUUCUCGCGGGCGUAUGUCGAUUCUUUGUCUACGGCUUAUCCCAGUACUGGAAAUGGCAGCUUGACCGAACACAUCCGACGCAUGGGUUCAGGCGCACUCAUCAGCAUGCUACGUCGGAUCAUCUCCAUAUUUAGGGAUGGAGAGCCUAGCUUUCACCUUGAACCCGCGACAAAGGAACAAGAUGCCGCUUUAUUGAGCUUCCUAGAAGAGACGCUCUCGCGCCUGGAGCAGCUGCAAGCAGACGCAGAGAGCGCGGGUAUGACGCUGCACACCAAAUAUAGCAGCCAAAGCAAGGUGAUGCGGACGACUGUGAUUGCCCAGCGAGUCCAGCUGAGUCGCGACUCGGCGGCCCUCCGCGACGAAGACAAACAGUUGACAGAUAUUGUCGACGCAGUGUCAGAGCGGCUGACGGCACAUUUCGGGACAAGACGCCCCGAGAGGGUGCUAUUUUCGGAGACGUGGUUGUAUGACAGCAGAUCGCCUCUACGGGACGUCAUGGUGCCACGGCCGCGGGUGACAUUCAGGCGCAGCUUGGCGCGGCCGUACGACUACCUCUCUUGCAGCUGUUGCAGGAGCAGCGGCGCCGAGGAUGGUGUUGUGCAGGCAACGCUUCCCGCGACUUCGAUCCUAUACCACUUGUAUCUCGAGGCGGGCAGCCUGAUUAACGUGGCAGAUUUGUGGUCAGCAUUUCACGCGCUAGUGCGUGAGGAGAAGGAGGACGAUGAGGAUGAUGGGGAGAAGAGCGAUGAACAGCGCCAGCAGGAGGAGCGGAAGGCUCUGGUCAUGUUUUAUCGUGGUUUGGCGGACUUGAAGGCCAUGGGCUUUGUCAAGAGCAGCAAGAAGAAGACGGACCACAUUGCUAAGGUGAGAUGGCUAUGA